AUGCCCUUCCUUCUCACGCCGGGCGCCCGGGAGGCGCCCUCGCCGUCAACGCUGUCGCGCCUACUCCUUCAGCUCCACCUACAAAUUACUAAUGGCCGGCACAACCACCAGCACCGUCACGUCUCCGUCUCCGCCUCCGCUUCCCCCCUCCUCUACCCUCGCCUCCGCAACCGCCGCGGCCGAUUCUUCGCGUCCUCCUCCUCGUCUCAGAUGGCGGCGCCUGCCGACGCCCCCGGUGGUUCCUCGGAUGCGUUCGAGGUGAUCCGCGUUCACCAGGCAAAAGCUGCUCGUCUUUCUCCAGUUGAAGAAAUACGGACCAUUCUGGACCGAAGUGUCAGAGGCGUUCUUGCUACGCAUUCUCAGGAUCAUGCUGGUUAUCCAUCUGGUUCAAUGGUUGAUUUUGCAUGUGAUCAGGAUGGUUCCCCCAUAUUAGCAAUGAGUAGUUUAGCAAUUCAUUCAAAGAAUCUCUCUGGAAAUCCUAAAUGCUCACUUCUUGUCGCGAAAGACCCUGAGGACAGAACGGAUACUGUAAUCACUGUAUAUGGUGAUGCUGUUCCUGUUUCUGACAAAGAAAAAGAUUCAGUGAGAAGCGCUUACCUACGAAGGCACCCUGAUGCUUUUUGGCUUGACUUUGGUGACUUCAGUUUCCUGCACAUCAAACCUAAAGCUGUGCGCUAUGUAUCUGGCGUUGCAACUGCUCUCCUUGGCUCUGGAGAAUUCAGUGCUGUCGAGUACAAGGAAGCAAAAGUUGAUCCAAUAUCUCAAUUCUCAACUCCUAUUACAAGCCAUAUGAACAAGGAUCAUGCCGAUGAUACAAAGCUCAUUGUGCAACACUCCACUACUGUUAAGGUGGAUUUUGCUUAUAUGCUGGAUGUGGACAGCCUUGGUUUUAAUGUGAAGGCUGGUUAUGAUGGAAGUGUUCUGAAGUUGCGUAUCCCCUUCCCAAGGCAGGCGCAAGACAGGAAAAAACGCAGUAGCAGAACUGCAGAGCCGGCGAGGCAAAGGCUCGCCGCUCGUGGGGAAGAGAUGGAGCACAGAAGAGUGAAGGAUCAGGAGAGCGAUGACGUAUCCGAGAAGGACAUAGAGAGCUUUGAUAGGAGAUCUCUUUCUAGCAAUACAGCAACUUCGAGUCUUAGCACUGCAGGAGGGCCGAAGGGCAAGGAUAGUUGGAAGCUAAAGUCCAUUGUUACACUUGCAUUGACAUUGCUAACAAGUUCCCAGGCAAUAUUGAUUGUAUGGUCGAAAAGAGCUGGAAAGUAUGAAUAUAGUAUCACAACAGCAAAUUUUUCGGUGGAAGCUUUGAAAUGUCUACUGUCACUUGUAGCCUUGUACAGGACAUGGAACAGUCAAGGUGUUACAGAAGAUAAUAGGUUAACUACAUCGUUUGAUGAAGUUAGAGUUUACCCCAUUCCGGCAAUGCUUUACCUGGUGAAGAACUUAUUGCAGUAUUAUAUCUUUGCAUAUGUGGAUGCGCCAGCUUACCAGAUUCUGAAGAACUUGAAUAUUAUCAGCACUGGUGUCCUGUACCGUAUAAUUCUCAAGAAAAAGUUAAGUGAAAUUCAGUGGGCUGCAUUUAUUCUUUUAUGUGCUGGCUGCACUACUGCUCAGCUCAGUCCCUCGUCAGACCAUGUUCUUCAGACCCCUAUUCAAGGUUGGGUGAUGGCAAUUGUGAUGGCUCUUCUAAGUGGUUUUGCAGGAGUAUAUACAGAAGUUAUCAUCAAGAAACAUCCUUCAAGAAAUAUAAAUGCACAGAAUUUUUGGCUGUACAUAUUUGGGAUGCUCUUCAAUUUGGUUGCAAUUUGUGUCCAGGACUUCGAUGCUGUUAUGAACAAAGGCUUUUUUCAUGGCUACUCGUUUAUUACAGUUUUGAUGAUUCUUAACCAUGCUCUGAGUGGAAUUGCUGUAUCAAUGGUGAUGAAGUAUGCAGACAAUAUUGUCAAGGUUUACUCAACAUCAGUUGCAAUGCUUCUGACGGCAAUAGUAUCCGUCUUCUUAUUUGGCUUCCACCUGUCUCUUGCGUUCUUGCUUGGAUCCACGGUCGUUUCUGUCUCUGUGUACCUGCACUCUGUUGGGAAGCUGCAGCAGCAGAAAUAG